UCUCUCUCUCAUCGACACAACAAAAGCACAAAAACAGUUCCUCCAUUUUCAGUGUACUUCUCUUCUUCAACACCCACCCACUCCCCUAAACGACCCCACCCUACCCCCCUACCCUACCCCACCCCACUACUCCCUUUCUUGGUUUUCUUCUUUUCAUCAUUUUCUUGAUUUUUUUCACUUUUGAUUUGUAAUCUUUUUAAAGUUGGGUUGAUGAAAUUCAUAUUAAAGAUAUAAAUGGAGAACUCUGCUACAUCUGAUGAGCCUCAAAAAAAGAGACCUCAUAUCAAUUCUGUAUUUUCAUCACCAACCAUGGCUAGACAUUCUAAAACUUCUAAUGAUAAUAAAGCUGUUGAUGCUGCAGUUCUCCAGUAUCAAAAUCAAAAACUAGUACAACAGUUAGACGCGCAGAAACAUAAGUUGCAUGAUCUUGAAGCCAAAAUGAAAGAAUUAAGGGACAAACAAGCUUCUUAUGAUGACUUCUUGGUUACAUUAAAUCGGAUCUGGAAUCAGCUAGAUGAUGAUCUGAUUAUCCUUGGGGCACGCAGUGGUGCAGAUCAAAUGGCUUUGCAAAGCAUGGAUCAACAAGAUUAUUCUCGAGGUUCAAUUCCAUCAUGUCCUGCGGAGGAGAUAUUCCUGUGUAGGGUGUUGAAAACCAAUGCCGUUCCAGGCAAUGAGAAUACCGGAUCCACUGUGAAUAUCAGAGAAGCUCUUGAUCUGCGUCACGCUUCUACUCUUGAAUUGAUGAAAUCGUUGGAGAAAGCUAUUGAUGCUCAGCAAAUUAAAACCGAAAAUUUUGCUCAUCUUUUGGAAGGAAAGUCAUCCGCAGAAGAUGCUAUCAUUCUUCUCGGUAAGAUUGAUGAUAUGAUGAAAGAAGAGGCUAAUUAUCUCCAUCGAGUGAUUGAUGCUCUUCAUUUGAAACACAAAGAAUAUGCUGAUGCAAUUGAAGCUUGUAAUCAAAGGCAGUCAUUGGAUCGAUCUGAGUUAAAGCGUCUUGAAGGUGAGCUGGAGGAAAGCAUGAUGGAACUUGAAGAUAGUAGAAGGAAGCUAGUUACUUUGAAAAUGCAGAAAGAUGUGGUGUCUGGGGGGCAGGAAACAGUUCCAAAUGCAGUGAAUGGAAGUAUGUCACCUGAGAAGCAUACAGACCGAACGAAAGGUGUGCGGGAACUGAAGGAGUCUAUAGAAGAGGCAAAGAUACUGAAAGAGGACCGCCUCUCUGAGCUUCAAGAUGCCCAGGAAGAUAAUCUACAUUUGUUAAAGCAGUUGCAAGAUCUUCAGAAUGAACUAAAGGAAGACAGAUAUGUGUCUUCAUCUCGUGCUUAUACCUUACGCAAUGAUCAACUUCACCAUUGGAAUGCUGAGGCAGAACGAUACAAAGCUCUGACCGAGACUCUUCAGGCUGACAGGUCUUUCAUCGGACGAAGGGAGAAAGAACUGGUUGUGAAAGCAGAGGCUGUGGAUGCAGCAAAGAAAGCAGUUGAUAACUCCGAGUCAAGGAUUGAGGAAUUGGAGCAUCACAUUCACAGAUUCAUAAUUGAAAAAAAUGAGCUGGAAAUCAAAAUGGAAGAAGCCAUUCAAGAUUCAGGAAGGAAAGACAUCAAAGAGGAGUUUCAGAUAAUGGGCUCUGCUUUAUCAAAAGAAAUAGGAAUGAUGGAAGCUCAGCUGAAUCGUUGGAAGGAGACUGCUCAAGAAGCUGUUUCCUUACGUGAAGAAAGACGGUCAUUGGAAGAUUCUUUGGGAAGAAAGGCUAUUGAGCAUAAAGGCUUGAUCGGUAAAGUUGCUCACCAGACUGGGGAGAUCCGAACACUAAAGGAACUUGCUGAGAAGAUGCAGAGGGACAAACAGGAACGUCAAAUCUUCUUGGACAUGCUUGGCCAGCAAAUUUAUGAUAACAGAGAUAUAUCGGAAAUUAGAGAGUCGGAGAAAAGAGCGCACGCGCAAGCUGAAAUUUUGAGAGCUGCUUUGAAUGAACAUCAUCUGGAAUUGAGGGUGAAAUCUGCUAAUGAAACUGAGGCUGCUUGUCAGCAGAGGCUUUCCACUGCUGAGGCAGAAAUUGCACAACUACGGGCAGAACUGGAUGCAGAAGACAGGGGUGUUUUAGAGCUAAGAGAGGCGAUAAAAAUAAAAGAAGGGGAGUCUGAAACCUAUAUUUCUGAGAUUGAGACAAUUGGUCAAGCCUAUGAAGACAUGCAGACGCAGAAUCAACAUCUUCUGCAGAUGCUGGCAGAGAGGGACGAUUAUAAUAUAAAGUUAGUUUCUGAGAGCGUGAAGAUAAAGCAGGAACAAAGCUUACUUCUCUCUCGGAAGCAAGUAUUAACGUCACAACUUCAACAGUCUAAUACAUAUCUUGAAUCUCUGAAGACGAGGAUAGCUCAAAGUGAAGACCAGAUGAAAGUUCAAAUUACAGAAGCUUUAAGUUAUACCCAACAAGAUAGACACGUGGCAUUGACCCUGGAAACAGUAAAGCGGGAAUUGGGGGAUGCUGAUAAGGAAUUGAAGUGGCUGAGAUCUGCUGCUUCCUCCGCUGAUAAGGAAUACGAACAGCUCAUGAGAAAGCUGGAUGAAAUUCAGAUGGAACGUGAAACUGAAAGGAGUGAGAAAAAGAAGCUUGAUGAAGAGCUAGAGGAGUUGAAUAAAACUGUUGAUGAGUUGACUUCUGCAAGUAGCGAGGCUGCUGUACAAAAACUGCAGGAUGAAAUAAAUGAUUCCAAGGCUAUUCUCAAGUGUGGAGUGUGUCUUGAUCGGCCAAAAGAGGUCGUAAUCACAAAAUGUUAUCAUCUGUUCUGCAAUCCAUGCAUCCAGAGAAAUUUAGAGAUCCGGCAUCGCAAGUGUCCUGCUUGUGGAACUGCUUUUGGGCAAAACGAUGUUCGUUUCGUGAAAAUCUGACCAAAACUCGGUCACUGCUGCAGCUUGCUAAACAUGUACAUUGUUGCGUUCUCUGAGGGUGUCGUUUGAGAAGCCUACUCGGGUCAAUAAUUCAUACCCUUGUGAAGAACAAAGUGCUACCUUUUGUUUUCCCUUCCCACCUUUGGGGUGCCCCCAUUUUUUCUCUCCACGUCUCUUUACUCAAAUUUCUCUUUAUAUAGUUAGUCUUUUUUGCUUCCCCACAUCUCUUCCUUUAGUCUCUUUAUGUAGUCCUUUUUUUUUUUCCCCCCUUUCUCCACAUUUCUCUCUUAAUUCCUUGAUUUAGCAGGUCUUCUUUCAAUUGUUUUUAUGACAAACAGUGUAAAGCUUUAUCAAGUAGUGGGCUUUUUUUUUUUGGGACAUCUUUUAUGAGAUUAUUAUAGCAACAAUGUAGCUUAGUGAGAUGUCAGGCUUCUGUAUGUUAUUUUUUCCCCUUUAUUUUUCUUUUUUGGCAGGUUUCUAUAUGUUCCCAUUUGCUCUUAAGUUUUACCAAAAAUAUUUGUAUAAACAAAGGGCAUUAACAGGGUACUGUGAUGUACAGAAGUAGCAUAAUGUAAUUUUCACUUGGAAGAAAAGAAGUUUCAUGUUCUUGUGGUGCAGUUAUGAGAUUAACAAUGAAAAAGUGGAAUUCAAAAAGUUGAUUUCUACUU